GUUGCAGGAUCGUCAAAAUCGAUGUUGUUUUCUUCAGAUUAAACGAGCCUUUUUCUCUGAUGCCAGGGCAUCGUGCAUCAAGGGCAGAGGGAUAUGGAGGACACGGUGGCUUCGGAUCUGUGCUUCCUGGUGUGUACAACGACCACAGCGGGAGGCGCACGUGCAGAGGCCUGAUGAUGCAAGGGGAAAACAUCUUCUUAGG